AUGUCUUCGGUCUCUGAGAGCUCCGUGGAGGAGUCGGACUCCAUGUACUCCGAUGUCUCACCAGCUCCUCCGAGCCAUCUCCAUGACGUCGAAAUCAUCGAAAUAGACAGCAGCGAAGAUGAUGGGUACGAAAGAGACGAUGGGAGACAGGCUAUAGAGCUGGAUGAUGGAGAUUCGGAAGAGCAGGACUCUGAUAUUGUGACUGAUAAUGAGUUUGAGGCGCGGCCUGGUUUCGGUGACGACGCCUCAAUGGAAGACGAAGAGGACGAAGAGGACGAGGACGUUGAUGGAGAUGAUGAAGACGAGGAGAGCCGUGACGCAGAAGAAGAUGAAGAGAGUGCUGGAGAUGUUUGGAAGCCGAACGGAGUUCAUCACAAUGGUAUCAACGGCACAGCACCUGCGCCUGCACCAGUCUCUCAUCCAUCUAAACUUCGCGCCGGUAGGUCGACUCAGAGGAAUCUGAUUUCACUAACCGCCUUUGCUACACUGAUGCUAACUCAUGUGAGUACAGAAACUAUCACGCUCUCUGAAACUCCCGAACCACCCCUCCUCCUACCAACAGGCGUAAAAGACGCCCUUCAUCCAUUACAACACACUGCAGAUCGAGUUGUCAAGCAGAUAGAAGCCUAUGCGCAAAGUCUAGACAAUUUUAGACGGCAAGGCCUCCAACCGGGCGAUACCCGGGCAUUCCAAGAAGCCUGCAAGCUUGUGAAGAAGUACCAGCAAAUUGCCGAAGAUACUGCAAAGGAACUAUCGCAGCCCACCGGCGCUCGAAAAUCACUCAGAUCUUCCACCUUAGUGAACUUAAGUCAGAGUUACAAGCCCAAUGUGUCGGUUAGCAAGGAUGAGGAGGCCAGUAUCAGACGUUGGCAAUUAGAGGCAGACACCUGGGGUUUGGUCUUCCAUCUGCUUGCAGUUGGUGACCCUGAGUCGCACAUGCAGGCGCAGCUCAAUCAGAAGACGGCAUUACAAACACUCCAUCGAUACUCGACGGACCACGAUAUCUGGGAGACCUUUCUGAGAACCGACCAUUUCGCUGUUGAGAAUGCGGUCAUGCUCAAAUGGCUAGAAAACACUGCAAGGGCUGGCAUUGAAGUCAUGGACUCGACAAUCUCCAAGUUGGAAAUGGAUGCGAACCGAGGUGAGGGGCUAUGGGCUCAUGGGUGGCUAUACACAAAAGAAGCUAUCAAGGGCGCGAAACGAUUGCGGUCAUGGCCUCAACCUCUCGAACCUGACGACCCGAGCGUUACUGCGUCUCUUUUGAGUUCAUCCCACAACGAGCCUCUAAUUACUCAACUUGACCCCGAUGCGGUUACUCGACAAGGCCUUGGUCUCCAGAAACAAGAUCAAUCAUUUGAAGAGGCAACAUGGCUAGAAUGCUGGAAGAUGAUUAGAACCGGGAAAGAUUGGCUGUCUAUUCGGGAAUGGGCUAAGGAGCGCCUUGAAAGCUGGCGAGCAAUUAGUCUGUGUGGUUCGGCUGGAGAUUCGUCACUAUCGGCUAAGGACCCUUCUCACUCAAGUCUUCUUCGAAUGAUGAAUUACCGCUCCCAGGAAUCUUGGAGAGCUGCUUGUUCAGUCCUUGCCAAUAACCCGAAUUCUAACCGCUACGAACGGGCUGUUUAUGCCCUGAUAUCUGGAGAAACUGGCCCUGCAUAUGAAGUCUGCCAAAGCUGGAGUGACUUCGUUUACGUCAAUUGUAACCAUAUUCUACUUUCCCGGUACCGAGACUUCUGCAAACAACUUCAGCGGAAGCUCAGCUACGCUCCAAAGGCUGAGGUCGAGCUACGUGUUGACCCUCCACAGUAUGACAGCAUACGCAACUUCCUGGAUACAUUGGUCAAAGAUCCACGAACGGCUAAGGAGUCUAAAAACCCAUACUGCACUAUCCAGGCUGCGAUAUUGGGCCAGAGCUAUGACCAAUUCUUCAACCUCCAGGCGAAUGCUUUAACCAAAGUAGCGCAAGAGAGUGGGGAGCCUACCCUUAUACCCGAUAUUAGCUCCAUGCGAACCUUUGACCAGCCGACAUUGAUUGCUGCAAAGGAUAAUGAUUCUCUACGGCUUACGGCGCAUCUAUAUCUCAUCCUGCGGGCUGUCGGACUGGUUCGUUCCGACUCGCAUUAUUCUGCCACCGCUUCUAUCAACGUGGUGAGGUACAUCGACUUCCUCCGAGAAUAUGGGGCAACCAGGGAUAUCCCGCUCUACGCCUCCCUUCUCCCCCGCGACAUGGGCAAUGAAGUUCUUGGAAAGGUUCUCAUUGAGGUGACUGACCCAUCUGAACGAGAAUCGCAUAUUCAGAUGAUGAAACGCCUCAAGAUUGACACAUCUGCAAUGAUCCAAAGCCAAUGGCGAUGGGUCUUGAAGGAAGCAGAUAAAAAAUUCAACCCGAAACCGAUUAAACUUGUGAGAACAGUUACUACCGGCGGUGAUAGACCAGGAAAGAUUGGACAUAUCAUGAAGGGAUUCAUUUCCAAGUCCAAAGUCUCACCGGAAGAUGAGAACCUGAUUCGUUGUAUUGACUGGCACCGAUAUAUCAGUGGUCAGUGGUCAAGAAUAUGCAUCCUUGGGACACAUCUAUACAAGCGAUUUAUCACUGCUGGUAAAAUCUCUACUGCUCGCGAAAUGUAUAAGCGCGCAAAACUGCACCAGACACUUGUGGACAUGACAAACCGUGGCCAAGGGCCAUUACUGGAGCCUUUGACAGAAAACGGUGUUUCUAGUCCCACGUCGGACGGCACUUCUGAGCAGCAAAAGGCUAAGACGACGGAGAAGCUUACGCGCGAGCAGCUUCUGAUGCAGGCCGAAACGAUGUUAGAGCUCGAGCAGCUUAUCCAGUCCUUUGAUGCCAUUGAAAAAUGGGGAGAUCUGAUGGACGAUUAUACAAAUUGCUCGGAUACUACGCAGAAGCCUGCAAUAAAGAAGAAACUCCAUCCCGCUCUGGAUGCAAUCACCCAUGCAAUAGAACCUCUUUGCACCGAGUGGCUCAUUCAACCAAUUGAUGACGCCGAGGCGAAAGAACUCGCUUUUAUACGAUCAACUUAUCUCCCAGAGAUUAUCCUGGCAUACCACACUGCCCUCUAUUAUGCAGGACACAUACUUGGCCGCGAAAUCCUUGCCCAAUGCAUGACCCUCGCCACCGUAGUUUCAUCAUCGGCAAUCAUAACAGAAAGUUUUAUGGCAUCAGGCCGAAUGGGUGAGCUUGUCGAUGCGCUCACUCUGUCUAGCUUCGCGAUGAUGGGCACAGGGCAAUCGAAAUUGAAGCGCAAACUUCCUCACGGAGGUACCAACGAUAUUUGGAGGAUACGACCAAUUAAACUUGAUGAGAACGAGGAAGACGGACAAGAUGAUGCCCAUGAUGACAAGAAAGUCAAGCUUAACGGAGGCGAGAAUGGUAUUGAUGGGAACCAUGUCUCCGGAGUUUCAACACCGACUGCAGUCUCUGUGGUCUAA